AUGAGCAAAAUUGUUCCACUUCCAAUAAAAUCAAGUGCGAUAGUCAUUAAAGAACAAGAGGAUGACAUCAGACCAAGCGACCCUGUCAAGGCAAAUUAAUACAUGUUAUAAAACAUGUUUUUCAAGCAGGAUGAAACUGGUCAUCCAACUCCAUAUGAAUUCACAGUGGGAUUGGAUGAAUUCAAAAAACAUGGUUUAGGAUUGUAUUUGUACUUUAAAUUCUUGGAAUACACUAUCUAUGUAUUCCUGAUCAUGAGUAUAAUUGCAAGCAUAGUUUGUUAUUUCAAUUCUACUGGAAAUGGCUUAGAUGCAUGGAAGAACCUAAAUCUACUCUAAAAAUUGAGCGUUGGCAACCAAGAAAAAAUUAAAAGUAGUACUGGAACUGAAUAUACUACAUCAGAUAUUUCAGAUUUUUAUAAUAACUCGUAAACCUGGCUAUCGACUUUGACUUGGAUGGAUUUCAGUUACACAUUGAUAUUCAUACUCUUUUAUUUAGCCUUUUCAUAUUGGUCUAACAAGGAAAUCAAGGAGUCCAUGGUGAAAGAAAAGGUUCCUGCCAAUUUUUCAUUAGGAGUAAGCAUCUAACAAUAGCAAUAGAUAAAAGGACUGAGGGAGGAUGAGAGAGAUCCGGGAAAGCUGAAAGGGUUCAUCGAAGAUCUGGGAUUUAAGGUCAAAGAAGUGAAAUUCGCUAAGAACUACUCAAACACCUUAUUAUUGCACAAACAAGAAGCUGAAUUGAAAAUCUUAAUCAAAGGAGAAGAUAUCAAAGCCCAAUUUCCAGAUUGUGACCCAGCAGUCAAACAGAAAUAUAUGAAGUAAUUAUAGGAGAUAUAGGUUGAAAGAGAAACAAUUAUCAAGAAUAUUAUAGGGAAAAGGUUAAGACAUGAUGAAUACCCUACUUUAAUGGCAUUUGUGAUAUUCGAAAGAAUUGGAGACAAAAAUUUGUUUAUUAAAGAAUAUAAAGCAAAUACUAAUUACAGUGUUUUUUAAACUUUUUGUUGCGGCAAAAAAGUAGAUGACAAGUAUUUGUUUAGAGGCAAUGUUUUAAAAAUAAUACCUUAAGUAGACAACCCAAGCAAUAUUAAUUGGGAAAAUCUUGAAGUUUCUUCAUCAAACAGAUUUUUAAGGCAAAUAUUAGUUGGUUUUGGAGUGUUUUGUUUAAUGAUCAUUACCUUUUUCAUCGUCUUUGCCAUAAAUGUUGUAAGCAAAUACAGUCCAGAAGAUUGUGAAAUAAGAGAUUACACUUAUGAAAACACAUAGAAAUGGAUAAGUGAGGCUACUACGUCAAGUGAUAAAACUUAAAUCCAAUAAUGUUUUUGCAUGAACUUGAGUCUAACAACCCUUUAUGCAGAUUAUUUUAAUUACUGUACAGAUAUUGUGUAUUAAUAUACUGGAAUAUAAGCAUUGUAAAUAGUUUCUGCCUUUGUUAUUCUAAUUGUAAACAGUUUACUGCAAUUACUAAUAAAAAGUAUUGUGAUUUUCGAGAGAUAUCAGAGUUUAAGUAAGAAACUAUCAGGCACACUAACUAAACUCUUUAUAUCAUUAUUUGUCAAUACUGCUCUGAUUACCUUGAUUUUGAAGGCAAAUAUUUAUGGAUUCAAACUAUCCUACUAUUUGAGUUCUCCGAUUCCUCCUUUGCAAUCAGCAUAAUAAAAGGAGGUUUUCCCUUCGGAUUUUAAUAGAGAGUGGUAUGCAGUAGUGGGAGCAGCAUAUGUCAACACUUGGAUAAUCAAUAUAUUUUCUCCAUAUUUUGUUGACUUUGUGCUUUACCCAAUAAGAAAUUGGUUUAGAAAGAGAGAAGCACUUACUGCUAAAAUUUAGAGAGACUUGAACAGACUCUCUGUUGGGCCAGAAUUUAAUCUUGACUUAUACUAUGCCAAUCUCCUUAACACCAUAUUUGUAACCUUAUUUUACUCUUCUCUUAUCCCAUUAAUGUUGCCAUUAGGAUUCUUUGCACUAGUUAUGCACUUUUUGGUUCAGAAGUUCCUGCUUCUGAAAUAUUAUCGUAAACCUCCUUCAUAUGAUGAGGCCUUACAUGAUUCAGUCUUCACUUUACUUCCCUAUUCUAUUAUUUUGCAUAUUUUGGUAGCAAUAUGGACUUAUGGCCACCCUUAUAUAUUCCCUUCAUCCUCAGAUGCUCUAGUUGAGAAUGGGGGUCUCCUGGAUGUAUCAAAAGAUUCAAUCUGGAUCAGAAUUUCAAACUCUUCAUAAUUGUCGAUUUUGGGAGUAUUAUUUGUCAUUAUCCUGGUCAUUAAAUACUUUUUGAUUAACCCUCUGUCCUAUUUAGUAAAGCUUUGUUUCGACAGUGAGGCAGUGGUCGUAGAUUUUGCUUAAGAGGAAACUUAUGAUUAGAUUUAUGAUCAGAUAUCAUCGAUUUAACUGGCAACAUAUGAAAUAAGGGAAAAUGAAAAUUACAAGGAUUUGGUAUAUUCUCUCGACUCAGAUCAACGAUCCCCAACCUAAAGAAAAUCAGAAGAAGAAAGAGUACCCUUGCAAGAUAUAUGA